AUGACGGGGGGAGACCCGAUGCCCUCUAUUUCUAUGGAGGAUUCGGGGGACUUGUCGUCAUCGUUUGACCAAGUCCCCAAGAAGGGGAAGAAGAGGGGGCGGAAGCCGAAGGGUUCCAACUGCCCGGGAGCUCACGCCAUGUCCAAGAUCUCCUCCAAGCGACUGGACUACGAGGACGAUGAAUGGGACAGAACAGAUUUCUUUAAGAUCUCCAAGAGGGCCGGACACGGUCUCAAGAAGAGAAAAGGCCUGGUCAAAUGCCAGUUGGACGACAGGCUCUCAUCCUGCCAAAAGGACGCGAUAGAAGAGGUGACCGCCCUGUUCCCUCAGAUGUCUCCGAAGUCAGUGAUGGCGGAGACACUGAGGGUACUGGAGACUGCGGGUGAAGCGGAAAGGCGGACGCAAAGUAUAAAGGGAGAUCUGCGUCGCCAAAUUAAGGUAGGAGUAAACGUAGCCAAAAUUGCGGUCCAACGGUUGGUCUCGGAGAUCUCGAGAAGCACGGAACCAACUGACGAAAUUAGGGCCAAUAACCUGGCGCUAGAAAGAGAGGUUAUUAAACUUCGCCGGGAGGUCGACAACCUCAGACGAGAGAGAGGAGCAAUGAGGGAACAGAUAAAUGAGCUGCAGUGCACUGUUCAGGAGUUGAAGGAAAGGAACAAGGAACGGGACCGCGGCAGGAGCCACAUCCCCUCUUCGGAUGAGGAGGCCUGCGACGUAGGUUCACUGAUAGGAACUCGGGGACGAAACAGAGGAGAGCGUUCUGCGCGGAGCGGAGGAGUUGGAGCGGAUGUAGUGGAGAGCCUCCCCCCUGCGUAUCGACCGCCGAUUGGCGGGGUACGCAAGAGGUUGGAGGACAGGCCGUCCCAACCGAAGAGUGUAAGCGAGACGGGACAGAUAGUGCUGGGAGAAAAAGGACGAUCCGUCAUGAAUAAUCGCGGAGACUCGUACGCCGAAAGGGUAAGGAACGGGAUGACGCGCGAUAACGGCGGAGCGGGGCUCGAAAGUGGCCGGGGCCCGGAGACCUCGCCACCUCCAAUGGAUUACCCAGUCAAUGGUGAGACAUGGAUGGAGGCGAGGACAAAGAGGGCGCGAAAGAGAAUAAGGAAGAGGGAACAGAAAAGAGCGGCCCCUGACGCGAGUGUAGUGAGGGGUGGGAAGGACCCAGGACGGGCUGAUGCACCCCCGCCCUCGUGUGACGAGAACAAGGACAGGCCGGGCGGAGUGACGUAUGCUGAGGUCGUGAGACUUGCCAGGAGCAAGAUCUCGCUGGAUGACCUCAGCAUAACGAACACGCGCAUAAGAAAGGCGCAAGCUGGAGGUCUCCUGAUCGAGAUCCCAGGAGGAGAUGAAGCUGGGACCAAAGCGGAGGCCCUGGUAGACAAACUUAAGGGGGUCCUUGCCGAGAGUGAAUUUAAAGAAGAGGUGAAGGUCGUCAGGCCGAUGCGGAGGGCCGAGAUGAGGCUCGUCGACAUCGACCAGUCUGUCACCGCCGAGGAGGUGGCUGAGGCAGUGGCGAGGAGCGGACAGGUGCAAACAGCGGAUAUCAGGGUCGGUCCCCUUAGGCCUGGGAGGGGGGGCCUUAACGCCGCCUGGGUGCAGUGCCCCCUGUCUUGCGCCAACAAAAUCCUAGGCGAAGGGCGCCUAAGAGUGGGAUGGACAAUGGCGGGAGUGGUGCCCCUGGCAAAGCGGAGGCUUCAGUGCUUCCGCUGCUUUGCCGUGGGGCACACUAGAAAUAACUGCCUGAGCCAGGUGGACCGCUCCACUUGGUGCUUCCAAUGCGGCAGCGGUGACGGACAUAGAGCCGCUGCCUGCAGGAAGCCCCCAAAGUGUCCGGUGUGUGCAGGGAGGGGGCUGCCUUCUGGGCACCGCGCGGGCGCGAGUGAGUGCGUGCCGUAUAACGGACCGGGACAGAAAACAAACGAAGAGGACACGAGAGUGACCACUGCGGCGGGACAAGCUGACGGAGCUGAUCGGGGAGCUCUGGCCCCAGGGGAGGGGACACGCGAUGGGGAGGCCAUGGAAACCUGUGAUGGCUAG